UCGUUUGCUUUCUGUCAUCACUUCUGUUGCUGCACACGCGGAACAACUCCACGCGCACAUUAAACAUGCCGGGACUGCUGCUCGGGGAUGUAUUUCCUGAUUUUGAGGCUGAGGCUACGACUGGGCAUAUCAAAUUCCAUGAAUUUCUCGGAGAUUCGUGGGGGAUCCUGUUCUCCCACCCCAGAGACUACACCCCCGUCUGCACCACAGAGCUGGGCCGCGCUGCAAGACUGAGCAGUGAGUUCAGUAAACGCAACGUGAAAUUGAUCGCCCUGUCCAUCGAUGACCUGGAGAAUCAUCACGGCUGGACCAAGGACAUCCUGGCCUACAACUGUGAGGAGUCGGGGUGCAGCUCUCUGCCCUUUCCCAUCAUCACGGACAGUCAACGGGAGCUGGCAGUCGCCCUCGGCAUGUUGGACCCUGACGAGAAGGACAAAGAUGGCAUGCCACUCACCGCCCGCUGUGUGUUCAUUAUCGGCCCUGACAAAAAGCUCAAACUGUCGCUUCUCUACCCGGCCACCACAGGACGCAACUUUGAUGAAAUCCUGCGGGUGGUGGACUCACUCCAGCUCACGGCGGGGAAACGAGUGGCUACACCUGCUGACUGGAAGCCUGGAGACUGUGUGAUGGUCUCACCCAGCAUGUCUGAGGAGGAGGCAGCCUCUCUGUUCCCAGAGGGCGUAUACACCAAAGAUCUGCCCUCUGGGAAGAAGUACCUCCGCUACACACCCAAGCCAUAAGAACUUAUAUCAAACAAACAGUUAUGUUUCACAGACUGAACCUUACUUACCUGGAUGAUUGUUUGUCUCUAUCAGGCGGACAAACAAAUCAAGAAUCCCAGUGGUAAAGGAGUCCUAUAGAACAGCUGGAAUGUAAGCCAAUGAGGUCAGGUUAAAGUAGGUUUUUACAGUGUACCAGAAAGAAAAUCUUAUUACAUUGGUCUUUUUGGCUCUUUAAUAAAGAGGUUUUUUUUGACUGUAUAUUUUUGAUUGGUAAUAGUGACCCAAGCAUUUCUCUCUUAUGGUUGGAACCCUGUGAGAGGAAGUGGUUUGUGUUGCCUACUGAGUGCAAACAACACCACUGCAUGCCAUGUUUUGCAUUUUAUGGACAGGAAAGCAGCUUAGUAGUUACACAUUUAUUAAAGCUUGUCAAGUGUGUUGCUCGUGAAUAUUAACAGAUUUUAUGAUGGUAACCUUACGUUAGCUAAGCCACACCGGUUUAUUUCACUGAAAACCGUGUUGAUUAAAUGCAUAAAUACUCUAAA